GUUGGCGUCGCGCGACGAGGAAGUCCAACGACCCGAGGCCAAGCUUGCAGGAGGGGUGUUCACCACUUUAAGCACGCUGCUGCGCCGACUGAAUGAGCGCAAAGUUCCAGACAUAGUGCUCUGUGCGCUCACGAAAGGAUCAAGAGAUGAUCGCAGUCCACCAAAACGGUACGCUUGACCGCGCGACAGGCCAACAGCCUCAGCAAUCUGCGCGCAACGGCCUGGGAAUAGAUACUCAGGGCGCGGGAGAUCAGGACGAUGAGAUGUACUACCAGAACAGAGAGGAGGCGCAGUCCAUCAUGGAAGAGGACAACUCGCCCAUUGACGAGGAGGACGAGGAACAAUUCCUGGACGAGCUCUCCUCCUCGCCCAGUAUACCCGAUGACAACAUCGACUUUGACCUCGUCUAUGCGCUCCACACCUUUCUGGCCACUGUAGAAGGCCAGGCAAGCGUCGUCAAGGGCGACCACCUCACAUUGCUCGACGAUAGCAAUUCAUACUGGUGGCUCGUCAGAGUGCUCAAGACGCAGGCAGUCGGCUAUAUACCCGCAGAGAACAUCGAGACGCCCUUUGAACGGCUCGCAAGGCUGAACAAACACCGCAACGUUGAUAUCUCAACAGCUCGACAGGAGGAUCACGAGACUGGCCCUGGGUCUGCAGCUGCACGCACGAGAAUCAUCUCACCCUUGUCGCGUCGCAAGGCAGCAAGAACGCCCUCACCCGGCCAAGGAGCGUCAGAACCGCGCAGCGUUGCCUUCACCGCGCCGACUUAUCACGAGCAUUCGGGCUAUCUCGAAGGCAGCGAUGACGAGGAAGAAGACUAUUUUGAGGACGAAGGCGAGGAGGAGGAUUCUGGCGAGGAGGAUGCAGAGGGCGAGGAUGAAUCACGCGAGCAAAGCCAAUCUGCAGAUUCGACCCUCAUCGUGCACAGUGCAAACGCGAAUGGUGAUGAUACCCUGACGAGCGAGGAAGACUCGCGCGAAGACCCCCGGACAGCUCAAGUCCAGCGUCUGCAAGAGCAACAACUGCAUGAUCUUGCCAAGCCAGUGUCUCAGCCUGGUCUCCUAGCAGGCGCUGCCGCGGCAGCGACAGCCGGCCUGGCAGCAGGAGCAGUUGCCUCAACGGAAAGCAAUCGCCGCCAGCUUGGCGAUGCCGACUUUGAUGCAGACGAAACGCGCAAGGUCAGCUUGACGCCAUCUAUCGCCCGCAACUCGUAUGCGGCCGAGAAUCGCACAAAUUCGCCUCCUGCCGAACGCGGGCGAGGAAGCUCGCGAGAGUCUUCCCGGCUCAGGCAUAGCGAUUCCAGUGGCUACUCGCCUGAAAAUUCGCUUACGGCAGAUCGGUCCAACACUGCCGAUAGCUCGACCCGUUCGUUCGCAAGCUCCUCACCCGAGAACAGUCUGCUCGACGACAGCUCGAAGCGGCCUGCUAGCCUCAAAGAAUACAGAGACACAAAGGAGGGUCGCAAGCUUCGGAAGGAUAAGGACCGCAAGCGCGCGAGCGACGAAGGCCUCGAUGAUGCUAAUAAGAAGAAGAAGGGUAUCCUCGGUGGUCUCUUCAGCAGCGGCAAGAAGAAGGACAAGAAAGAUCGCAAGGGCGAUGACACUGGCUCGGAAGAAUCCGUCAAAGUCUCGCCUACAAAGAACCUCGAAAGCAAACCAAAGCGACGGAGCAGAAGCGACAUGGCCGCCAGCGCGUCGAGUACCGAGUCAUCGGGCGACAUGUUUUCCACAGAUGCAGCACUGCGACAGCAGCGCCUCGAAGCUCAGCAAGUACUCUCGCAACACGGCGUGCAGCGCAAGCCGGGCGAUACUCAGAAUACCUUCGUAAAGCAGACACAACAGCAGACACUGAGCCCGCCAGAACCAUCAUCAGCCAAGAUGAUGCGACCAGGUAGCUUGAUCGGCGCCUCUAGCAAUGGCGUCGACAUGCCCAUGCUCAAUGUUAUGCGCGUUUUUGUGGGUGACAAUAUCAUCGCCGAGUCGACAUUUAAGACUGUUUUGCUCAACACAUCUACGACUGCUUCAGACCUUGUCAAGCAAGCAGCACAGCGACUGCGCCUGCCAGCAGAGUACCUUUCUGAAUACUACUUGACAAUUAAAGAGGCAGAUGGCGACGAGAUGGACGUUGCAGAUAGCGAUCGACCUCUCGAAAUCAUCGAGACACUCUCAGGCGCUGCAGGCACCAGCCGAGACAUCCUAUCGGUUAAACGUUCAUCAGUUGGGUCGAUCUCAUCGGUCUCUUCCAAUCUGUCUAUGCACCCGGCUAUAACGCGGUUGGGAAACGACUUUAGCGAUGAUUCGGCUGUCAAGCUUUUCAUCAAUCGCAAGAUGCUUUCCGCUUCUGGGUCCAAAGAGGGCAGUCUCAUGAUCGAUGAUGCUGUCGCGCGGCGACCUUCGCAUGAGACCGAUGGUGCACGAUUCGCUUUGCGUAUCCUUAUUGCCAGCGAAGAUCUCCCUGACGGUCUUGCGUUUGACCCUCAGACUGAUUCUGUUGUCAGCAAAGCUGGCAGCUCAGACAAAGACGGUCUGCCUAUACCCCCGAGAGAGCGCAUCUUACUGUUCCCUCGCAACGCAAACGUUUUUGAAGUCAUCGAGACUGCCCUAGACCGUUUCGGCAUUCGAGAAGGCGUAGUAGAUGGUGGCGAUGAGGUCGAAGACAAGAUAUCGAAGCGCAAGAGUACGCCUCGCGUAAGAUAUACCCUCGCUGCAAGCCGUUCGGGCGAAUCUGAAUCACGAUUGAAUCCUUCGAGCAAAGUUCUGGAUGCCUACGAAGAGCUGCCAAUUUUCAAAGUGACCGACAGAAGCUCGAAAGAGAUGCGUCGGCGCUCCGUUGAUGCACUAUCGGCGCAAAUUUCAAGCAAAGAUAUUCAAUCGAGCGAUCCUUCUUUCAUACUACGUCGCGCUCAGCUGACAAAGACGUUUGGCAAUCGACCGCUCGCCGUCGACGAGACUGAGCUCAUCAGGCAGCAGCGACAGGCCGCGUUGCAGGGCGUAAGACCGCCGCCAGCGCGUUUUGCGAGUGGACGUUCUGAGAUCUCGCAGUACGGCACACCUUCGGACGAGCUCCCGCCCCACCUACGCGAGCAAGCUGGCGAGCCGCCCACUGGCAGAUUGCCCUCUCCACCGUCCAGCAUGCAUCUCGGCGAAGCAGCUGCAGGCGCAGUGGCUGCAGGAGCGGUAGCAGCCGGCGCGUCCAGAGUCAUCGCAGCUCACAAGAACGCGGCCGAGGGUGUGGACGUAGUCCUGAAGGACAACAGUGCUCUUCGCAGUCAGCGCGAUAUCUCUGGAGACAAAGUGCGAUACUCUUAUAUCGGUGCAGACGGAUCAGAGAUGGACGUUAGCGAGAUCGUCAACAAAGAAUGGUCAAGGGCAGGUCUUGAUAGCACGCACGAUCCCAUACGCUCCGAGGUAUCGGACAAUGACUACCUCAGCGCUCGGUCUGAUCCUGGCGCGUCCUCUGCUGAUGCCGCGGCCACAAAUCCCGCUGCCAACAGCGAGCGAGAGGACAACGCUACGGUUGCUCAGCUACGAAGUACGCCAGUCUCGAUUGAUUCGCGACCUAGUCAGCUUUCGUCUUCGGCCCCUGCUGGUGGUUCCGCGCAUUCCCAUACGGACGAAAGGGUGACAACGCCCUCCUCGCGCGGUGGCGAUGUGCUCGAAGAAGCGCUUCAUUCGCCGUCGUCAUCGCAGAACGAGACACUCGAGCAGCGUAUCGAGCGAGUGAUGUCAAAAGUCAGAAACACCGGCACGCCGCCGCUGACGAAGAAUAUGGCAGCAGCUCUACGAUUGCAAAAGCGGCGUUCAGAUUUGGCGGAGCGAUCGGGCUCUGUCAACAGCGUGCGUCCCUUAUCGCCUGCAAGCCCGACAGGCGGCCGUAACUCACCCGCCGUCGAGCAGAUGCUCACACAGCGUCGCACUACCAUGUCAUCCCCACGCGGGCCUAUGGGUCGAUCGCACGGCAAGCAAUCUUCCGUAGCGUCCCUGCGCUCAAACCGAUCUAGCAACGACUUUGGCAAUGGGCUCUCGAGCAAUACCUACACGCCUUCGACUGGCAUGUCCACCUUGGCUACAUCAGCAGCUGCAUCAGCUCGUAUGCCUGCAAACGGCACAGGCGGACGCAUCAUCUACAGAACGACAGAUCUCGACAUGCAGCACGUCGUCGCGCUCUCUCAGCUCGACGCACUGCCACCGGCACCUCAUCGCCCUCGCGAGCCAGGCUACGAUGACCUGUUCGGCGUCGAUCUUGCAUCCGAUGUCGUCCUGACGGGGCAGUCGAAGCGAGACCACGACGAAUUCCUCGCCAAUGUCAGCAACCUCGAAGCAGUCAGUGACUCUUGCGUUCAGUCAGAGUGCAUGACUGACCUAUGUUCCACACAGCGGAUGACUGAAGUGCUCGAUCUAUUGAUACCCUCACAUUAGCUGUACAUUGCAAUGACCGUGACGACUUGUAGGGAUUCCUUGUGAUCGUCGCGUCAGUGCAUCAUCGCGACAUUGGCGCAAAGUGCUAGCAGCCAUACAAGAUGGAAGUUGACAACGAUCCUGCUCAGUAUCUGGCCACGACCAUCUCGUCCUCGCCGUCGGAGGUUGCACAGAUCUAUGAGCGCUUCCACCUUCUUUACAGCAAGAAGUAGGUCGCCAGCUGCUCCUGCACACGAGCACUCGGCUGAAAGGCCAUCUGCAGGUUGUGGUUCCAGCUGACAAAGGCCAUACAAGCCUUCAUCGGCCGAGCAG